AUUGAAUAAUAUAUUGAGAAAUAUGAUCUGCAGCUAACUUGCGGCAAAUAUCCCAUGCCCCAGUCCACUCAUACCGGUGUUUGGUCUGCGGGAGCUUUUGCUUCGACCUCCGGAAUGUCAUGCAAGAAUCGGUCACCAGCCUUCUCAGAUUGAUGAACUCAUCCCCGCAUCCUAUCCCAGCGGUUACCCCUAUCCGCCACCUGGGGACGCAUCACGUAGGGGUUCACCUCCCCUGCCCCCUGGACAACAAAACGUGUGCGUGGGCUGGCCGCUCGACCUAAACUUUUGCCAACACCGUGUGUACCAAACUUUAAAUCAAUAUAUCUCGAAAAUGAAGGCCCAUUAUAGAAAAACCUAUUAAAUUGUUUUGAUGCUAGAUAUAGACUGUAACUUGUACUUGCUAUCAUUUCAAAAGCCAUUUCCACGACUGUAAGGGAACCUUGUGGGUGGCGCCAGUUACCAGACGGUCUGGUGCCACAUACAAUUAAGGAAGAAUUCAUAUGUAUAUUUUUGGCGCGAGAUUCUAUUGAAUUUGUAUAGUAAAACUCUUAUAUUAUAGAAAUAUUGUAUGCAACCUGUGUGUUCGUAUGUAUAUGUAGUAUCCUUUUAAUAAACAAAUUAUGACAAGUUUAUCUCACGUUCAGCGUGUUAGAAUGCUGUACAAAACAAUUUUAAGGUUACAUCGCGGUUUACCGAUUGAAAUUCAAUCUUUAGGAACCACUUAUGUUCGUGAUGAAUUUAGAAGACACAAAACGUGCAAUGAAGCUGAAGCAACUAUCUUUUUAAAUGAAUGGACAGAAUAUGCACUAAUGCUAGCUGAUCAGCUUGGAUUAAAGGGACCGCACACUGCCAAACUCUUAGGUCAAAACUUGGGAAAAGAGGACUUUGAAAAAUUUAGAGAUGAACAAGUAUAUCAGUUAUAUGAGCUAAUGAAUGCAGCAACUAAUAAAACUGAUAAAGAUAUAAAAUAAGUAAAACCUAGUUGACUUAAAAUAUUGAGGUUUCUUAUGUUGUACAGUUGAUAAAGUAUAUCACAUAUAUAUUUAUAAAUGUAAUAAUUGUAAUAUUUUCGUGUACAUAAAC